AUGCAUAAAACUCAAGUCGCGACGGGUUCCGUAGACCUGACUUGGGUUUUCACCCAAUCUGUAUUCAUGGCAUUGAAUACUGUACUAUGGUCUCUUUCUUAUCCUUCGAUUCGACAGGAGCAUACCAUCGACGAAGUUAAAGGCUAUAUUGCCGUUGCCCUAGACAUAAUCAUCACCAAAUACCAACAGCCAACCCAGCCCAUGGAGCCGGUGGUAACGACAUCCUACUCACCUCCAGCUGCCAACUCUGGUGACCCAGCAUUUGAUCCGAAUUCCCUAUAUAAUCAUUUUCCUUCUGUGCUCCCAGGCUUACAGCACUGGGAUCCGAAUUAUACUGCAGCAUCGACUACAGCGGGCUAUCUCUCCUAUUCCAAUGCCAACGUUGACCCAUUGUUCUGGCUGGGAUCUAUUGGGGACCAGUACUCCCAAUUCUUCAACCAGCAAUACCCCACAGAUGUUCGGGGACGAAGCUUAACCCAAGAAGAACAUAUGGAGCUAAUGGCAAAUUUGGUCCAGAACCCCCCAGACGCUUCAUGCCGCAGUAAUGAGCCAAUGGCAUACUACAGUUGUGACAUGCCGUAA